UCCGAAUGCAAGAUAUCGUGGUGGCAUGCUCAACUCGUCUUGAUUUCAUUCAUCUUAAAUUAACGACUGUUAACAUUUGUAACGUUUUUAAUAGCUUUUUUAAUUGCAUAUUAUCUUAUUACACCAUGGUGUGCGCCUGGCUAGGGCUAUUCCCAUAGAAUAUAAUCCAUUCUAUGUCUAUGGCUAUUCAAACAGGGAGAACGCUGCCAGCGAUAGUCAAAUUGUUUGCUGAGCUGAGACGAAAAUGUAAGAUGUGUCCCAGGAUUGAACGGUUUUGGUUAUGGCUAAACAGAUUCUAUUGCUCUACUCUGCUUAAACGCGCCUUCUGGCGUUUAAUUAUACUCCCCAUACAUGCCUGGAGAUUGAUCAUCCCAAAUUGUCCUCCUGAUCAUCCAGAACUCAUCCAGGACACCAACGAGUACUACUGCGAGUACGACUCAACAUGGGAGGAUCCAACAAGUGAAGAAACAAGUCGUAAGAGAACCAACAAUCUCUUUACCGAAACAGGGUGGGGAGAGCGCUUUGCUGUUGUUUCUACUGCUGAUUGCCCCAUUAAGAAUGGUCCUUUUUUUGUAUUUACUCAGUACACCAUUCUGUCAACAAGGCAACGAGAUGAUAGGCGUAUGCCUAAUUUACAGUUCUACCUUGGACAGAGGGCCUCCUCCCCUGAUGGUAUCUACAUUGAGGACUUUCACAAUAACUGGUAUGGGAAAUAUUCAAAACUGGAAAGAGUUCACUCAUACAUACAAUGGUUGUUCCCUCUUCAAGAACGAGGAAUGAAUUAUCAAGCCAAAGAACUCACCAAGAAGGAAAUUGAGGCUUUUCUUGAAGAUGAAACUGCAAAGAAGAGGCUGGUCAAGUCGUACAAGUUCAUGCUGGACUUCUACGGCAUCCAGCUGUCAAAUGACUCAACAGGGGAAGUACGACGUGCUAAUAACUGGCGUGACAGAUUUGACAACCUGGACAGGGAGAAAUAACAAGUAUGACAUGAACCGGCGGGGGAGUGGGAGCCCGGCGAACCUGCUGAGGACUGACGUGGGAUGGGCGCCUCCUGAGCCAACCCGGGACAAGAAAACCUCUCGAGCCAGCUAGGGUGUGGAAGCCCAACGAGCUGACUUAGGCACCCCCGAUUCCAUCAGCGGCGGCCCCUGGACCCAACGUCACCACCAACCGGAAAGCCAGCACUCCCCGAUGCUUCAUAUGAUGGCUUCAGGAUUCUGUAGGACUGACACUGGAGAAGAGAAGCAGGUACGGGGAGUAGAACAUUCAAUAUGGAACAGACAUCAAACAGGACAGAGACAGCGUCAGAGCCAGGUAUACAAAGACAAACAAACAUGAAUUCUGAAGCAGGGAACAAAGCUUGGGAACAGACAGAUAUAGGGGAGGUAAUGACCCAGGUGAUUGAGUCCAGGUGAGUCCAAUAAUUGCUGAUGCGUGUGACGGGGAAGGCAGGUGUGCAUACUGAUGGUGGCAGGAGUGAGUAAUGCUGGGGAGCCUGGUGCUUUUGAGCAGGAGAAGGUGUGACAAGAAAAUAAAUGUGAAUUUACUUAUUUUUUUAAUGUUUCAAUGACAAUUGUCAACUGCAAUUAGCAAUACUAUAGAUACCAGGGUUGGUGUCAAUUCCAUUUUAAUUCCAGUCAACUCGAGAAGUACACUGAAAUUCCAAUUAUUUUCAACGCUUAUAAAUGAGGAAAAUUUGGAUUUGGAAUUGGAAUUUGGUUUACUUCUGAAUUAUAUUAACUGGAAUUAAAUUGGAAUUGACCCCAACCUGAUAGAGACAACCAAUAUCAGUGCUUUACUGCUGAACAUACAAUCACAUACUGUUUCCAAUGACUUCAUACUAUAGCAAUCAAUGUGUUUAAAAUUCUCACAAUAUCCAUUCCAGAUAUAUGGCUCAUUAUUCCUCUACUUUUUUAAAAUUGUGAUUAAAAAGAUACCGGUAUGUACAGAAAUACAUUCAUAUUUAUGUACCAAGGAAGGUGAGGGAGUUAAUCAGUUACUUCCAUGUGAUGCUUAGACAGAAGAAAAGUAUUCGUAAUAUAUAAAUGACAUGGUAUCAUAAACUCAGUUGAAUUUAAAUUACCUCAAAAUCAGUUUUUUCAAAUGUGACAAAAAUCAUAAAAUAUGAAGUGGCAAAAUGACUACAAAGAUGUUCAGAACUUUCAACUACAAGAGCAUUGUACCUUCAAAUCCUUAAUUCCCAAUAACAUCUAUUUGCAUACAGUUAUGAUGCCGAAAGUGAAAGUCACAGUGUGAUUAAUUUACUACAGUGAAAAGUUGUCCACAAAAGAAAAACAGUAGCUAGGUUUCCAUCCAAUUGGUGACAAAUUUUCAUGUGAAUAUUCUCAAAUCUGCAUAAAAACAAUAUGUGCAGAUUUUCAUGCCAGUAUUCUCAAAUCUGCAUAAAAACAAUAUUCCCAUUUUCCCACCAGAUAUGUGUUUCCGUCAAAUUGACUAGUUGCAGAUACGUGAUGACGUACUGCGCAUAAAAAAUACAUUUUGUGUUUAAAUUCCCAUGCACCAAAUACAUUUUUUUAUGUAAAUGAGUUUCCCUCACAAUUUCAACUCUACUGAUGUUUGAUUUAUAUAGUCUGGUAUUGGCACGUGCGCUCUAGCCAACAGUGCUAUCUGCGCCUUCUUGACUAGAGCGCACGUAUAGCCUACAUGAUGAGAUUAUUAUUAUGGACAAAGGAGUGAGAUUAUUUGUCAGGUGGCAGCCAACUAUCGAUUUAUCAUGUCACCAGAAUAAGAUCCUCAAUAUUUUGGAAAGGAGGAUCAAGCUGUAGGAUCUUGCAAUUUCACCACCCUGUGAAGUUCAUCAUAAUUGAUAUCAAUAUUUGCACACAUAAAAACAUUUCCAUCGAUAUUUCUCACGUAAUUCAUUUUACAGACACAAAAAGAUCCAACCUUGUGUAGUGUAUUUGUUUUGUGGACAUUUGAAAAGUUUACACGAAAAUUGUUAUUUUUCCAUCAGGCCUGACAUGACGUGUUUUAUCCGACAUGUACUUUACUCUUUACUCGCAUAAAAAGGUUGGACCUGGUUAUUGCAAUGUAUUUUUGUCAGUUUCCACUUGUGCAGUUUUAGCACUCUCCUUUGGGACAUUAUUUUUUGUAAAUUCUUUGCUCUUGCUCCUGUCCCAGCGGUCUCUGUGUUUGUCCCUCUCUAACUCUCUCCCUGUCUCAGUCCCAGUCUUGUGCUCUAGUCAGUAAUAUUUAUUCUGUUAGGCUCCCUCUCCCUAGCUUGGCUGACACAAAGACUUCGAUUUAGGUGUUAGCCAGAAUACUCUCUCCCUGCCUCUGUCCCUGUCUCUGCUCAUGGAUUUGUCCCUUUUCUCUGUCACUGUCAUAGUCUCUCCAGUCAGUGACCAUUGUCCCAUUGGCUGCAUUAGAGAUACUAAGCAACCUAAAUCACAUCCACACAUUAUUACAAAGAGACAUUUUAGAACUUUCAAUGAGCAGCAUUUCCUGUAUGACCUGGGGUUGUAUGAUUGGAAGGCUGUGUCCUCUAUCUCUGAUUAAGGGUAAAGGACAGCUCUAACUCAUGGUUCAUGCAUGAAUUAGCUGAAAGAUUUCCUGAAGGAAACUUAUCUUGGGCUAAGGCUAGAUUGACUGAUUCUACCUCUGACUAGCAGUCCUUUAGACAUUUGAGAAAUAGAUGUCUUACUCUGGUUAGAAAAGCAAAGUCAACAUACUUCUUGAAUUUUGUAUCUGAGAAUGUUGGAAAUCCAUCUAUAUUCUGGAAAGUGGUCAAAUCUUUGAAACAAAACUCCACCCCCCCCAUUUCCCCAGUGGAUUAUGACAGCCUCUGGUCCCUUUCGUUCCAGUUCUCUGCUGCCAAUGACUGGAACGUAUUGCAAAAAUCACUGAAGCUGGAGUCGUAUAUCUCCCUCUCUAACUUUAAGCAUCAGCUGUCAGAGCAGCUUACUGAUCACUGU